UGCCUUCUUCAGUCCCAGUCUUUCCAGGCUCCUGGAAGAGGAGGGACAGUACAACAGGGGAGGGACUGGGCAGGGGUCCCAUCGCUGCGCAUCCUGUCCUGGAUUCGACCCGCUGUCACUGUCUCGAAAUCUCCCAUCUCGCUCACUCCAGACUCCAGCCAUGAGCCCACCUUUCAGCUCCGGCAUCUAUGUGAGCCGCGGGGUGACCCUGCUGCUAGCGGGGCUAACGGCAGCGCUCCUGCUGGCCCUAGUGGUUCUAGCUGCCCUGUACGGCAGCUGCGCGCGCGUCCAUCCUUCAGAGCAGCAGGUGAAGAAGUUAUCCCCUCCUAGUGGCCAGGAGCUGGAGCCACCAACCCAGACAUCAGAGGAUGACUGGGAGCCAGAACAGCGACUCCCGCCGGGGCCCUGGAAUCAUCUGCGCCUGCCACCCUGGGUUGUCCCUUUUCAUUACAAUCUGGAGCUGUGGCCCCGGCUGCUGCCCGAUGACCUGUCCAUGUCAAAUUUGACCUUCACGGGUCGCGUAAACAUCACUGUACGAUGCGUAGUGGCCACCUCGAUAUUGUUGCUGCACAGCUACUAUCUGAAUCACAAGCAAGUGGACGUGCGGGGUCCCUUGGACCAGGACACUAGAAACACUUCUGUAGGCCUUGUGCCGGUGGACAGUGUGUGGUUGGCGCUGGAGAAGCAAUACGUGGUGCUGAAUCUGGGACAGCCCUUGCAACCAGGUAGCAGAUAUGAGCUGAAUUUCGAUUUCUCUGGCAAGGUGCCUAAGGAAGGCAUAGAGGGGCUUUUCCAGAAUCUCUACACCGACCAGGAUGAGCUCAGGGGCCUGAUUGCAUCUCAAAUGGAACCAACAUUUGCCAGGAAGGUUUUCCCCUGUUUUGAUGAGCCAGCUUUAAAAGCAACUUUUAAUAUUACAAUCAUUCAUCAUCCUGUGUAUGUGGCUCUUUCCAAUAUGCCACAGCUAGGUCAGUCUGAAAGAACGGACGAGAACGGAAACAGAUGGACUGUCUCCACCUUUCACACCACCCCACUCAUGCCGACUUACUUGGUUGCGCUUGCUAUAUGUGACUUCGACCAUGUCAGCAGAACUGAGAGAGGCAAGGAGAUACGUAUCUGGGCCCCAAAAGAUGACAUUGCUGGUGGAAAAGUAGACUUUGCCGCAAACGUCACAGGUCCCAUCUUCUCAUUCAUGGAAGAUUUGUUUAAUAUCAGUUAUCCGCUCUCAAAAACAGACAUAGUUGUCUUGCCUUCCUUUUACCACAAUGCAAUGGAAAACUGGGGACUCAUGAUAUUUGACGAAGCAUUCAUUUUGAUGGAACCAGAUGAUGAUCCAAUUGAGAAAGGGGCUGCCAUCUUGUCUGUCCUCUCCCAUGAGGUUGGGCACCAGUGGUUUGGAAAUCUGGUGACCAUGACUUGGUGGAACAAUAUCUGGCUCAAUGAGGGCCUUGCAUCUUAUUUUGAACUUGAAAUAGUUAACCACUUCUAUCCUAAACUUUCAAGGAAUGUGAUCUUCUUUUUUCACAUUUUACAUGUUGUCCUCACAGAAGAUCAUGCCCUGAAGUCUAGGGCUGUGUCCACUGAGGUGGGAAACUUCAUGGAAACAAUAGAAAUACGCAAGCUCUUUGACAUGUACUCUUAUAACAAGGGAGCAUGUAUAGCCUGGAUGCUUGCUGGCUUCCUGAACCAGCAUUUGUUUAUCAACGCACUUAAGUCAUAUUUGGAGACAUUUUCGUACUCAAAUACUGAGCAAGAUGAUCUAUGGAGACAUUUUCAAAUGGCCAUAGAUGAGCAGAGUAUAGUUCAUUUGCCAGCAACAGUAAAGAGCAUAAUGGAUAGCUGGACGUACCAGGGUGGCUUUCCAGUCGUUACCUUGAACGUGUCUACAGGCGUCGUGAGACAAGAGCCGUUUUAUCUUGAAAAGCUUGAAAAUCAGACUCUUCUAAGCCACAGUGGCACAUGGAUUAUCCCUAUUUUUUGGAUGAAAAAUGGAACCACCCAGCCUUUAGUCUGGCUAGAUAAAAGCAGCAUGGUAUUCCCUGGGAUGCAACUUUCAGAUUCUGACAGUGACUGGGUGAGCUUAAACUUCAACAUGACUGGGUACUACAGAGUUAAUUAUGACAAGUUAGGCUGGAAGAAGCUAAGUCAACAGCUUGAAAGGGAUCACAAGGCCAUUCCUGUCAUCCACAGGCUGCAGCUGGUGAGCGACGCUUUCACCUUGUCUAAAAACAAUUAUCUUGAGAUUGAGACAGCACUUGAUUUAACCAAGUACCUUGCUGAAGAAGAUGAAGUCCUAGUGUGGUUUGAAGUCUUGGUGCACUUGAUAGACAGGGAAGUUAUUUAUGAUAUGAACAACCAGGCUUUCUACCAAUUAUUGAAGAAGUAUUUACUAAGGAGACUUAACCCAAUAUGGAACACUUAUUCAGCUAUAAUUCGAGAAAAUAUGGCAGCAUUACAAGACAAUUAUUUAGCUCUACUCUCAAUGGAAAAACUUUAUGAAAGCGCCUGUUGGUUGGGUCUUGAAGACUGCCUCCAGCUGUCCAGAGAGCUCUUCAGAAAGUGGAUGGCUAAUCCAGAGGACACAAUACUUUAUCAAAUUGAAAAAGUGGUUUUAUGCAAUGGCAUUGCCUUGGGAAGCUAUGAGGAGUGGGAGUUUUUGUUAAAUUUUUACAUCAAUAAAACAGAGACAGAGGAAGACUUCGAUCUUGUUUUUGCAAUGGCCUGCAGUAAAGAUCCAUGGAUUCUUAACAGAUUUAUGGAGCUUGACAUCACUGGGUCUCUAUCUUAUUUUAAUAACACAAGUGUAAUAGAAAUUGUGGCAGACUCUGAAGUUGGCCGUCUCGUUGCAAAGGACUUUCUAAUGAACAACUGGGAAGCUGUGAGUAAAAGCUAUGGAUCACACUUUGUGGACAUCCUAGUGUUUGUCUUAGGGAGGACUGUAAGUACAGAUCUACAGGUUAUGGAGCUGCAGCAUUUCCUCAGCAGUGUGUUGGAGGAACACCAGAAGGUAAAGGCUCUUGCCAAAUUACAGGCAAUGAAGACGAAGAAUCUGAAAAACAGGAAGAGAUUUGCCAGCAUAGUUGAGUGGCUUCGGAAAAACACAUAAUGUGUGGCCACUUGCAGCAUGCUUCUUGC